CCACAUUCAUUCCGACAUCAUCAACGAUUACAACAACCUCACACCCACUUCCUGUCCAUCUUCUUUGUUUCCCACACCAUCCUCAUCAUCCCCAACGUCACCUUCAUCCUCCUUCACUCCAUCAGCACCAACCACUAUGAUGAAGUUCUUCUUCUACAUCCACAUACAAUCUCUCGAUGAACCGUUCGUUUUCUCCUGCAAUGCCGAAAGUGAGAGGUUGAGGUGGAUUCAAGUGCUGAAUGGCGAUGCAGGCAACAACAAUCAUUCCUACUCGCCCAACAAUUGUGUUCAAGUUUGCGCCAUAUCCUGCCAUGUUCCGCGCCAGUUGGACGAGCUCGAUGUGCAAGCGGGCGACUUUCUCAAUCUUUCUUUGGCGUUCGUAGAUGGUUGGUGCGAAGGAGAACGCAUUCGAGACGGGAGGAGAGGUUGGUUCAAGAAAGAGUGCGUGCGGUUGGUGGAGAAUGAACACGUGAAGAUGAGGAACGAACAGACCAGGGAACGUUUCCUUACACACACACAACCUGACGAUAACAAGUGAUGCCAUCUCCACGUACUUCCUACAGUUCACAAUUUUUACUAAAAACUAGUUUAAUUGAAACUCUGCUAAUGAACUUCGUAGAACAGUGUCUGAAUUGCUUGUGCAACUUUCUAAAGCAUCUUUAAAAGUUUAAAUUAUUUACAAAAUGUAGUUUUGACAUUUGUUUUAAAUAAUAACAUUAAUUUUCAAAAAUAAUGGCAGUUUUCAUUGUUGUUUAAUGUUCUAAAAUUUUAAAAGCUUUCAUAUUAAAAUAUAAGAUAAAGUUAGUUUUUGAUGUUACUUCUCAAGCCGAAAGUUUAUUCAUAGUUUUUUUUUAUUAUUUUGAUAAAAUUGUCCCUGCUUCAUGUCUUCCAUAAUAAUUAAUGAUGCCACAAGUAAUUUACACGAAAAUAAUUAAAAACAAUCGU